CAUCCAUAAUUCAUGACGUGGCCAAACGAUGGGAGUGACCAAUCUGUCGCGCUGCCAAACCUGCCUUGAUCAUGCAACAACAGCAGGGAGCCAUCCCAACUCCAACUCCUCAAGGGAGGUUUCCUUGGGAGUGGAAAAGGGUUCAUGGCGUCGCGAACCGUUCUGAAUCACUGUUUCGCCCAUUUUCACUUUCUCGGGUGUCGUUCUUCGGGUGUGCUUCGAAGGGGAAGGGGGUGCUUUGACUACCCCGAACCCACGCACCUGAUCCGGUGCAUAGGAAGCGCCGUCCUAUUUACCCUAUCCGGCACUGGAAGUGUGACACACUUGUACGAGGAGUUGUCGUUGUACAUCGAAUCGUUCCCCAGCGUAGCGUUCGUCGCGUGACGGUGUAACGGGCUAUACUUUGGAGCCCGGCAGGGAUGGUUGAAGGUUUGUCAUAAGGGGAUG